UGAUUUAUAAUAGAGGCAUCUUUUUAAGUAGUUGUCUUGUAUCAGACUUGUUCAAAAACUAAACAUUGUUGGAGAAAGAAAAAAAUGGUGAGUGUAGUGGGAGAGAUGUUUUGUAAUCCGUACACGACGGAGCUGGUGGUGAGAAGGCGACGUGAGAGCCUGAAAAAGGAACGCUACGACGUUUUCGAUCUCUCCAACAAUCUUAUCUUCACCGUCGACGGUGGUAUUUGGGACAUCCGCCGUAGACGUGUGCUCCGUGACGCCACGGGAACUCCUCUUCUCUCCAUGCGCACUAAGGGACUUAUAACGAUGAGAUACAAUUGGGCAGUAUACAAAGGAGAAAGCACAGAAUCUGAAGAUCUUCUUUUCUUAGCAAAGGAACCAAAUCUAUUAUCCUUGAAAACAUCACUUGAUGUCACUUACCGCCAAACCAAAAUUCGUCUGACGUUAGUAGUAUCGAGCCAGAUUUUCGUACAUUUGGUCGUUAUAUCGGCUCUUCUUUCAAACUCUUUGAGCCAAUUCACAAUACUCUUCUUGCUGAGGUGGUUCAUGAUUUCACAUAGGGCGGACUUAUAAAAGGGAGUUACAGCUUCAAAGUGAGAGUGAAUCCAUAUGUAGAUUUCGCAUUUGUCGUGGCGUUACUUGUAAUCGCGGAUGAUACUUCCAAUCUACGUUAGACAUAGAGUUCUACUAAUUGUCAGUCACAUUUUGUUUAAACUUUUUUAUAAAUUGGUACAUCAAUA